AAGCCUAUCGAUAACUCCUUACAUUUUUUCCUGACCGACACGUCGAAUCGUUUCUGACAAAGUAAAAUACUUCCAUUUCUGAUUGAAAACAUAUAUUUUUUCGCGUUAUUUCUCGGGAAGUUGUAAACUGAUCAUCCAUCUACGCAAUCAUGUCGGACAAAACACCGAAUCCUAAUUGGGCUCAUGUGCUCAGCGACAGCCGUGAAAUGCCGUCUUCUGCUGCCACAGCUGCAGAUGCAGAUGAUGCUGCCGAGGAGUCUCCUGUCUCCUCUGAGUGGGUAGACGAUUUUGUAGCAGACGAUGACUUUGAGGAAAGCGAUGAAAUGGAGGACUUUGAAAACGGCUCUCUCGUUUAUGUCCCGCCAAUUGAACCACCGAAAUUUCAGCCGAAUACGUUUCUCCCCAUUCAACAAGAGCCAACAAGCUGGCAGAACGGCCAGCCGCUACACAAGCCGAUUCCACAUUACGCUGUUCAACCAGAACUUUUACCGCUCCAGGCUCCACCAAGCGCACUGCCACCACAGGCAGAAGCACAGGAAGCUCCACAGGAAGCAUCAUCAGACCCAGAGAUCUUACCACUGACGAGCCUUGACUCAAAUGUUCUGCAUAAGCGCUUUCCAUCACAGAACCCUAUGCAGCAGCAGACUUGCAUGCUGCAGGGCGCCAUGCCCCAAGCUUGGCGAAGUGGCCUGUCCAGUGCCUUCGUUUCAUAUCGCCCAACUGCUGACCCCGAGAACGAUCCCUCAGGAGCACAAGCACUGGAAAGCUUGGUACACCGUCAGCCGACAGGUGUGCUGAGUGGCCGCGGACACGGAGGCACACACGCAGACGGUCGCGGACGCGGACGCGCACGCGGACACGGACACGGAGACACAUUGCGGGACCUGGCUCCCACUGGAGGGACACAGUCCAUGGUAGGGCAGGAUGUGGGUGUGUUGCCCGGGACACGCCAUGACGAUAACGCACCAGGGCCACUGCUGGACCUUAAUCCUGAGUUCCUUGAAAGUCCCGAACCACUACGUUCCACAUUAUUUUCACAGUUUUGGCAAGAGUAGCCAUACCUGCCCGAUUGUAUCUGUCGGCUGGGAAGAAAGUCUUUGUUGCAAUGGAAGCAGAACAUACAAAGACGAAGCACGACUCAAGCCAGCUGACGGGGACCACGGCCACAGGAGAUGGGUAUUUUUUCCGCUCGAACAACACACAUAUCACACAUACACCAUUCUAUUUUUUAAAAAACUAGACUUAACAAUACACUCAUGGUAUCAGUUCAAAAUUAUAUAAAAGUUUCGCAUACAAGACAAGACACAGAAUCGAUUGAACAAAAAAGAAUUGUAAUUUCUGAAAAAUUAUAAUGAUUCAAUGAAAAUAUAUUUUUCCAUACAUACAUCCGACAACAUCCUGAUAAAUGUACAAACAAUCCAUUAAAUCGAAUAUGCUACGCAUAUAUUCUGCGAAAG